UCCCAAGAAUCGAAUAGGAAGAGAGUCUAUUUUCAUCAACAAUUUAGCACGCAUCUCGAAUUAUGGCAUCGAUAGCGGAGCAGAGACAACAUAUCCUCGACCUCACCAAAGAGCUUCGUCAGAAGAUUCUGCUUACAGAGGGCGAAGGUAAGGCUUUCUACGAAGAAAGUGAAGCUGAGAAGCAGACCAAUAAAGCCAAGAUAGCUGAAUUGAGAGCCACCAACCGAGCUCUGCGGGCACGAAUACAUGAAGCCGUUCAGGGAGAGGAGCGCGCUGUGGAGCGUGUGCUGUUCCAGGAGAAGAGGCGUCACAGCAGCGUCAGUAGUCGACCGUCUCCGGUGCCCCUGUACCCGCCCUCGAGGCUAGAAGAAAAACUGGCAGCGUUACAGGCGAAAAUUCAUCCGUCUGGUCGAAAUCGUCUCAAAGAAGAGCAAGCAACUAUCCGUGCUCUGAAGGAGGAACACGUGGCGCUCGAGAACGAGCUGGAGCGCAUGAAGGCGCAGCUGACGGAGGCGCAGACGGUGAGACGACAUUACGCGUCCAUGACGAGCGCCCUCAGAGGGGAAGCUGCUCUGCACAACACCUCUCUUGACGCCCUCAACACCAGGCUUGCUGAUGAGAAACUCGCACUCAAGAAACUACGGGCAGGCGGUAAACAGGACUCGUGUGGCGGUACUUGCUCAAUAUCUUGUCAGACAGCUUACGAUGCUCGUAGAGAGAGGGAGAGGAAAAUAAAUGAGUAUCGUCAGAGGGCUGAAGAGCGCCGCGUGUCACAAAUCGCCGUGGGCAACCUCGCCGGCGAGCGUCGCCUGUCGAUGUUGAGGUCUCCACAACGGCGCGACUCUACUGACGCCGACGCUGACGACCAAGAUGAUGUCUGCACCGAUAUUGACAAUGAACUCAACAAAUACUUGGCCAUCUUCUCGAAAAUGAAGAUGAUCUUGGGCGUGUCGAGUGUAGAGGCGGUGAUAGAGCGCAUGAGCGGCCAGAGCGCCACGCAAGAACAUCUGCAGGAGCUGAGGGAGGCGGCGCUACACGAGCUCAGGGCGGCCGAGGCUCAAAGAGAAGAACUCCAGCAAAACCUGAACAAGCUUAAAUAUGCCGCUACUGAAGACAACGCCAGGUUAGGCGUGUCGAGUGUAGAGGCGGUGAUAGAGCGCAUGAGCGGCCAGAGCGCCACGCAAGAACAUCUGCAGGAGCUGAGGGAGGCGGCGCUACACGAGCUCAGGGCGGCCGAGGCUCAAAGAGAAGAACUCCAGCAAAACCUGAACAAGCUUAAAUAUGCCGCUACUGAAGACAACGCCAGGACUCGUAAGGAAGAAGAGGAACUGAAGAGAGCGGUGGCAGAUGUGGAGAAGAAGCUCGUCUCUGCCAUGGCUAGUCGUGAUGACGCCUUGAAACAUCUCGUGGCUGCCAACACUGCACUUGUGCAAGUCGCCGAAAAAUUAGAGGGAUUGAUGGGCCAGAAAAUCGCUCGGAAUCCAUCACCUGCGCUGCAAGCUGCAACGCUCAUCGAAUUUUGUUCAAAUGGCGCGCGAAAUCUCCUGGCCAAGCUCCCUUCGCCCGAGUUGGACGAAAAAACAAUCACUGACGAGGAUGAGGAAGAAGAUUCAUUAUCGUUGCCUCUGGAAAACCUGCGCAUCAGCUUAACAAUGACGAAUAACACAUUGCAACAAUCAGCGCCUCAACAAGUGGAGGAAGAGAGCGGUGAUGAAGAGGCAGUCGCACGGAGAGUUCUCAAAAGAGCUUCCCAGCAAGUUGUCGAGGCAAAGUCCAGGAAGAGAAACAAACCAGUCACUACCUCGUUUAAAUCCUAAGCUUAACGAUGCGCUGUAAUAUCUUAAGUCAACACCUAAAUGCACUGCAGUAGUUCAGCCCAGUGACCACAAGCUUUAAAUUACGUUUAACCAGACUUUGAUUAUUAUU